UACAACGAGGGGGAUUUUCUGCGAGACUUCCGUUAUGCACAGGGCGUGGACCCAACGCCUUUGGAGGACACUUGGAAGUCCAUUGGUCUGGCCAACUUCAAUCGUUCGCAAAUUGGACGGAUUCUGAAGAUCUGUCGUAUCCGACCGCAGAUGCUUCAAGUGGAACUGCACCUCCACUUUAUGAACCAAGAUCUGGUGGAGUAUGCAAAGUCAGUUGGCCUUCAGGUGACAAGCUUUGCAACUCUCGGCUCGCCCGGACUAGUUGGGUAA